AUUUGAACUAUGCUUAUCUAUGCACUCCACUCUUAUCUACGUAUAAAUACUUGGUCGUGCAUAGAAUUACACGAGUCUUUCUUACCUUUCCCCCCCGAAUCGAGGUGUCUUCAACCCGGUCCUUGAUUCGUCCUUGUGUGCCGCUACCGACUAUCAUCGCUAACGUCACAGACUGUCUCUUUAAAAGCAUGUCCAUGUCCACCAAUGUUUCCCCAGUCAGCUCACGAUGGAUCCCAACACACAUCCAGUCAAGCUUACCCACUCCGCUUCCACCAGUACCUCCUCUCUCCCAAAUAGUCCCAUCGAGACCAUUCACCACUCUCCCGAAAAGUCUACGGCGACCGUCACCGUCCUCGACGCCGAAAAACAGGUUAAUCCAUGGGAUGGCUACGAAGAGGAUGAAAUGCCCGAAAAGACUCAGCCGCGCCUCGUGCGCAAUCUACGGUUGCAGGCCUUCUCUAUCUACCGCAGAUUAUUCUCAGUCGUGUUCUUGACAAACAUCGGUAUCUUCAUCUCGUACACAAUCCGCGGAUAUCAUUCUCAGAAGAUUGCACUCGUCGCGGUGGCGAAUAUCUUUAUUGCUAUUCUCAUGAGGCAGGAGCACGUUAUAAACGUGCUUUUCGCAGUUGCUUGUUCUGUUCCUCAGUCAUGGCCGUUCUUCAUUCGGAAGACUGCUGCGAGAGUGUAUCAUAAUGGAGGCAUCCAUUCCGGAGCUGCUGUUUCGGGUACAGUUUGGCUGAUCCUUUUGGCCGUCCAAGCGACUAGAGAGCUUGUUCAAGGCAAAGGAACUUCAGUCGCCACCGUCUCACUGACGUAUAUAGUCCUUGCUUUCUUGAUUGGGAUCGUCGUGUUUGCUUACCCUACUUUCCGGAUCAAACGCCAUGACGCGUUCGAGCGCAUGCAUCGGUUCAUGGGGUGGACGGCAACUGCAUUGGUUUGGUCGCAGGUCGUCGUCCUCACCAACGAUUACAAGGGUGACAAGUCCCUCGGACACGCGUUGGUGCACUCUGCUCCGUUCUGGAUCAUGAUGGUCUUGAGCUGGUCCUUGAUUCUUCCCUGGACGAAGCUGCAAAAGGUUCCCGUCCGCAGCGUCGUCCUCUCCGAUCACGCUGUCCGUCUCUUUGUCGACUAUGGCCAGUCUUUCUUCCGCCGUCCACAUCCCGUUCCCGGCUCUUUCCAGCGGUUCUCCACAGAUCCGCUGAAUGAAUGGCACAGUUUCGCCACCAUCGCUGCUCCUGGAGUGACGGGAUACUCGAUCAUCAUAUCUCAGGCAGGUGACUGGACGACGGAGAUGAUCGCGAACCCACCGAAAGAGAUUUGGGUGAGGGGUAUCCCGACGUGUGGUGCGCUUCGGAUUGUGCCUCUGUUCCGAAGGGUGUUGUUCGUUGCUACUGGCAGUGGAAUCGCACCGUUUACACCUCAUAUUUUGAGUGGAAAGGUUGCGCAUAAGCUGUUUUGGAUGGCACCCAAUACGCGUGCAACAUUCGGAGACCCGUUGGUCGAUGAUAUAUUGGCAGCGAGUCCUGGAGCGGUCGUGUACGAUACGCGGAAGCAUGGCAAGCCUGAUAUCAUCAAGCUCACGAACCGUAUGGUGGAUGAUUACAAGCCGGAAUGUGUCUGUGUUAUCUCGAACCAGAAACUGACGGAGAAGGUUAUUUAUGGUCUCCGGAGUCGGGGUAUCUUUGCGUUUGGGGCUAUUUUCGACUCAUAG